UGAGAGAAAAUAAAUUAUGUAAACAGACCCAUAGUUUGCAGGUAGAUGCGAUAAUAUUAAUAAUGAUUUAAAUCUAUCCAUUGCCAUCUCUAAUCAUCAUCAUCAUCAUCAUCUACACUGGACUGCACUAUACAAUGGCUGGCGGCUGCAACAACUGCAUGAUCUAAUUGGUGAAUGGGGGUGGACAUGGCAGUGCCCCUCUUCAACCUUGCUCCGGACCUGCUCGCCUCAAGACUCUGCUUAGGUUUUGAUUUGAUUUCUUCCUUCCUCGGCUCGGCUGCUCCAAAUUUCUUCUACUCCCCCUCCCUCCUUCCAUGUCCUUCCAACUCCUCGACAAAGCCUUCCACUCCGGAAUCAACUUUUUCGACUCCGCCGAAAUGUAUCCUGUGCAGCCUUGCGCACGGACGCAAGGAAGAAGCGAGGAGUAUCUUGGACAUUGGAUUCGAAGCCGUAACAUCCCACGCCAUCGCCUCAUCCUUGCCACAAAGAUGCGCCUGCAGACUGACUAUAUUGACUUGUAUCAAAUUCAUUGGCCUGAUCGCUAUGUUCCUAUGUUUGGAGAAACUGAGUAUGAUCCGACCCAAACAUUUUUCAAUAAGUAUCCAGGAACAGCUAACUGCUCUAGAUAAAGCUGUUACUUGUGGUAAGAUUAGGUAUAUUGGUCCUAGCAAUGAAACUCCAUAUGGGCUCAUGAAGUUCCUACAGAUUGCUGAAGCGAUUUCUAUCCAUACAAGAAUAAUUUCUGUGCAGAAUUCCUAUAACCUUCUUUGCCGAAAUUUUGAUUCUGGCAUGGCUGAAUGCUGCCAUCAUGAAAGACAGUUAAAAUGCUGUGAAGCAAGCAAACAUGUAUGUCCUGGUUAUCAUGAAAGAGGAUGGUCUGUCUGUUAGCCAGUAAUGGCUACCGUAAUUGGGAGAUUUGAGAUAAUAUUACUGACUGCAAUCAUCUCACGUAGUGUUAAAUCUGAAAUAAUAACCACAUUGUGAGGAGCAUGCUGUUUUUGGUGCAACGAAACUGUGGCAGCUCCAAGAAAUAAUCAAUGCGAGCAGCGUCCAGCUUACUCCAGAAGUAGUGGCAGAAGUGAACAAUGUGCAUUCAGCAUUUCCCAAUCCCUGCCCCUGACACGUUAUAGACCAGUCCACUACCAUCGGUCUCAUCAUCAUCAUCAUGGUCAUCAAUGGUAAUGAUCGGAUCGGGGGCAGGGCUCAAUUCAAGUGUAGUGCAUGAGUACGCCGGGACUCGAGUCAUAUUGUGAGCUCUUUGUAGAGUUUGCUUAUAUUAUAGAGCUGAGCUCUUCUUGGCUCAUCAUGCAUCAUAACCUUUUUCUUUUUCUUGUUAUUUUUUAAAAAUGGUAAUGCAUCUUAUAUAUGUGUCUUUCCAAUCUAGAUUUUAAAUCAAAAUGUGAUGAAAUUCUUUGCCAA